CAACCCGUGGAUUCUAUGAUGAUGCAACCAAUGACGUCACAUCACGAUGACGCAGCGGCCGGGAGUGGCUCCUCCGCGCACGCGCGCCGGGGCUGGGCGUGAGCAAGAAAGAAGGGGCGUGGUCAGGUGGGAAAAGGGGAGUCCAGCCUGGUGGGCGUGGCCAGGAGCGCGGCCGCGCGUCCCCUCCCGGCCGCCGUCGGCCGCUGCCCCCGCGGCCGCAGCAUGGCGGGAGCGGCCCCCGGCCCCGGCGGGCGGCGGCGGCUGCGGGACGAUGGGCUGCGCACCUGCACCUCCGCCGAGCAGUCCAAGGUGGAGGACAUCGUACAGGAGGUCUAUGACGCCUAUAAGACAAACCAUCACUCCUCACAGUACGUCCUGCAGCGGGAGAAGCACUUCCAUUACCUGAAGAGGGGCCUCCGGCAGCUCACUGAAGCCUAUGAGUGUCUGGAUGCCAGCCGCCCCUGGCUCUGCUACUGGAUCCUGCACAGCCUGGAGCUGCUGGAUGAGCCCAUUCCCGAGUCGGUGGCCUCUGAUGUCUGCCAAUUCCUGAGGCGGUGCCAGAGCCCCCAGGGUGGAUUUGGGGGGGGUCCUGGCCAGCACCCCCACCUCGCCCCCACCUACGCCGCCGUCAACGCGCUCUGCAUCAUCGGCACUGAGGAGGCCUUCGGCGUCAUCGACAGGAAGAAGCUCUUGGAAUACCUUCACUCGCUGAAGCAGCCCGAUGGCUCCUUCCUCAUGCACGUGGGUGGAGAGGUGGAUGUCAGGAGCGCCUACUGCGCUGCCUCAGUGGCCUCUCUGACCAACAUCAUGACGCCUGCGCUCUUCGCUGGGACAGCCGAGUGGAUCGCCAGAUGCCAGAACUGGGAGGGUGGGAUUGGCGGCGUGCCGGGCAUGGAGGCGCAUGGUGGCUACACUUUCUGCGGCGUGGCUGCACUGGUCAUCCUCAAGCAGGAACAUCUGCUGAACCUCCGGAGCCUGCUGCACUGGGUGACCGGGCGGCAGAUGCGCUUCGAGGGCGGAUUCCAGGGCCGCUGCAACAAGCUGGUGGAUGGGUGCUACUCCUUUUGGCAAGCUGGGCUCCUGCCCCUGCUCCAUCGGGCACUCCAUGCCAGGGGCGAUCCAGCGCUGAGCAUGGCACACUGGAUGUUCGACCAGCUGGCACUGCAGGAAUACAUUCUCCUGUGCUGCCAGUGCCCAGCUGGCGGGCUGCUGGAUAAGCCAGGAAAAUCCCGGGAUUUCUACCACACCUGCUACUGCCUGAGUGGGCUGGCCAUUGCACAGCACUUCGGAAGUGGAGACCUCCACAAUGAGGUGGUCCUGGGUAUCCCUGAGAAUUGCCUGCAGGCCACACACCCUGUCUACAACAUUGCCCCGGCGAAGGUGGCGAGGGCAGUGAUGCACUUCCUGCAGUAUCCUGUGCCCAGCCUGGAUCCGGCAUCCGCUGCCGACUAGGGGGGUCCUGCUGCUGGCUCGGGGUGCCGAGCCCCGGGAGCGAGCGGCACAGCCCAUCCCACGGCGGCCUGGCCAGGCAGAGCCAGGUGCUCAGGGUGCUAGCAAUACCAAAAUCCAGCCUGCUCCGGGCCUGGUAUCCUGCUGCCAUCCUGGCCAGGGCCGAGGCGGCACAGGGGCUCUGGCAGAGCUUUUUGGCAUCAAUAAACCAGAAGUGACACCCGCCGUGUGCUGGUGGCCCCGGGGAUGCGGGGCAGGAGGUGAUGCCACGUCUGGAUCCGGUGGCACCAACUUUCCCCAUUCCAAGAACACGCGGUAACCACAGGGGAGGAUAAAAUAAGUGGAAUUUUGGCUUUUUUUGUUUAUUAUUUAUAGUCUUAUAGUAAAGGGAAGCCUUAACUUGCAAGACAUCUCUGGGCAGUAUGUACAACAUACCUUAGAUCCAAUGGAAUGGCAUCAAAAUGGGGGGAAAAGGGGCACCUACGGGGCAGGGAUGGGCCACUGGAGUUUGGAAAAUGCCUUCAGAGGUUGGGAAGGGUCAAGGGAGGGAAGGAGGAGGAGGAGUGGGGAAGGAGCCUCCAAGCCUGGCUCUGUGCUCCGCCGACUCAGGCAGGUGGAGUUGCACACGGAGAAAAUAAAUAGGGAGAUUCCCCCCCCA